GAAAUGCAGACAUUUUAUAGUUUCAGUACAACGGUACUUUUGUACGGUAGCAGUCAAAGAGAAAAAACAAAUCUAACACUUCAUCAUGGAACGUUGGUCCAACAAAGUUGCUCUAAUCACCGGCGCCAACUCUGGCAUUGGAAGGUGCCUGACUGAAUGUCUGGUUGGCAAGGGAAUGACAGUUGUUGGCAUUGCUCGUCGUGUGGACAAAAUAAAGGCACUUGCUGAGGAACUGAAAUCAAAACCAGGAAAACUGUUCCCGCUCCAAUGCGACCUUUGCAAUCAAAAUGAUAUCAUGCGCACGAUGGAAUGGAUUGAGAAGAACCUGGGAGCCAUCAAUAUUCUCAUCAACAAUGCUGCCAUCAAUAUGGAUGUCACAAUGCACACCGGUGAAAUGGAUGAUUUGAGAAAGAUCUUCGAUGUGAAUUUCUUAGGAUUGACUUGCAUGACCAAGGAAGCCUUGAAAUUAAUGAAGAAGAAGGGAAUCAACAAUGGUGUCAUUGUAAAUAUCAACGACGUGUGUGGACUGAAAGUACCAAUCACGUGUGACCGUCCGGUAUCUCCAGCUUACAUCUGCAGCAAAUUUGCUUUGACUGCUCUUACAGAAUGCCUCCGGUCAGAACUGGCGCAACUCGAGUCUAAUAUCAAAGUCAUUUCCAUUUCUCCUGGUUUGGUGGAGACCGAGAUGACCACACAAUGGUUGAGAGAAAAUCCUCGCCUGGCUUUGAAACCCAAAGACGUGUCCGACUGUGUUCUCUUCGCGUUGCAAACUCCAGACACUGUUUUGAUCAAGGAUCUUACAGUGACACCAAUUCGUGAGACAAUGUAAAAGUAACAGUCUGAUAUCAUUUAUAUGCCACUGUUCACUUUGACACGAAAUAUGAGAAUCGCAUUGUAAAUAUAUAAAAUAAUAAAUACAUUGCGAUAUAGGAAUCUGA